AUGAAGGCCACGCUCGUCCUAUUUACGCUUUCCUCAGUGGCUCUUGCGGCACCAGUUGCACAAGACGCCAAGCGUGAACAGCUCCAGAACCUCUUCUACGUCCCUGCCGGGGCUGAGGGUGAGGCGCCAGCAAAGCGUGAGCAGCUGCAAAAUCUCUUCUAUGUGCCUGCUGGUGCUGAGGGCGAAACUCCGGCCAAGCGUGAACAGCUUCAAAACCUCUUUUACGUCCCUGCCGGCGCUGAAGGCGAGACUCCAGCAAAGCGUGCAAAGCGUGUAAAGCGUGAGCAGCUGCAGAAUCUCUUCUAUGUACCUGCCGGUGCCGAAGGCGAGACUCCAGCCAAGCGUGAGCAGCUUCAAAACCUCUUUUAUGUUCCCGCUGGCGCUGAAGGCGAGACGCCAGCCAAGCAGUAA